UGGGUGCUGGCUCCAGAGGGGAGGGCAGAGGAGAAGAGGAAGGAGGUGGACUCUGGGCCCCGUCCCCAUUCAUUGCCGCUGCCGGCUGGGCGGGGGUCCCGUGUUUUGGGAGUAAUGGAGGCGCUGAUUCCUGUCAUCAACAAGCUCCAGGACGUUUUCAACACGGUGGGCGCCGACAUCAUCCAGCUGCCUCAGAUCGUCGUGGUGGGGACGCAGAGCAGUGGGAAGAGCUCAGUGCUAGAAAGCCUGGUGGGGAGGGACCUGCUUCCCAGAGGUACUGGUAUCAUCACUCGGAGACCUCUGAUUCUGCAGCUGGUCCAUGUCUCAGCAGAAGACAAACGCAAAACAACAGGAGAAGAAAAUGACCCUGCUACAUGGAAAAACUCAAGACACCUUUCUAAAGGGGUAGAAGCAGAAGAAUGGGGUAAAUUUCUUCACACCAAAAAUAAGCUCUACACAGAUUUUGAUGAAAUUCGACAAGAAAUUGAAAAUGAAACAGAAAGAAUUUCAGGGAAUAAUAAGGGAGUAAGUCCUGAACCAAUUCAUCUUAAGAUUUUUUCACCCAACGUUGUCAAUUUGACACUUGUGGAUUUGCCAGGAAUGACCAAGGUGCCUGUAGGUGACCAACCUAAGGAUAUUGAGCUUCAAAUCAGAGAGCUCAUUCUUCGGUUCAUCAGUAAUCCCAAUUCCAUUAUCCUCGCUGCCGAAGAACCCUCGCUGUUAUCACUAAACUUGAUCUCAUGGAUGCGGGUACUGAUGCCAUGGAUGUGUUGAUGGGAAGGGUUAUUCCAGUCAAACUUGGAAUAAUCGGAGUGGUUAACAGGAGCCAGCUAGAUAUUAACAAUAAGAAGAGUGUAACUGAUUCAAUCCGUGAUGAAUAUGCUUUUCUUCAAAAGAAAUACCCAUCUCUUGCUAAUAGAAAUGGAACAAAGUACCUCGCUAGGACUCUAAACAGGUUACUGAUGCAUCACAUCAGAGACUGCUUACCAGAGCUGAAGACCAGAAUCAAUGUUCUAGCUGCUCAGUAUCAGUCUCUUCUGAACAGCUACGGUGAACCCGUGGAUGAUAAAAGUGCUACUUUACUUCAGCUUAUUACCAAAUUUGCCACAGAAUAUUGUAACACUAUUGAAGGAACUGCAAAAUAUAUUGAAACUUCAGAGCUAUGUGGUGGUGCUAGAAUUUGUUAUAUUUUCCAUGAGACUUUUGGCCGAACCUUAGAAUCUGUUGACCCAUUAGGUGGCCUUAACACUAUUGAUAUUUUGACUGCCAUUAGGAAUGCUACUGGUCCUCGUCCUGCUUUGUUUGUGCCUGAGGUUUCAUUUGAACUAUUGGUCAAACGGCAAAUCAAACGUCUAGAAGAGCCCAGCCUCCGCUGUGUAGAACUGGUUCAUGAGGAAAUGCAAAGGAUCAUCCAGCACUGUAGCAAUUACAGUACACAGGAAUUGUUACGGUUUCCUAAGCUUCAUGAUGCCAUAGUUGAAGUAGUGACUUGUCUUCUCCGUAAAAGGCUGCCUGUCACAAAUGAAAUGGUACAUAACUUGGUGGCCAUUGAAUUAGCUUAUAUCAACACAAAACAUCCUGACUUCGCUGAUGCUUGUGGGCUAAUGAACAAUAAUAUAGAGGAACAAAGGAGAAACAGGCUAGCAAGAGAAUUACCUUCAGCUGUAUCACGAGACAAGUCCUCUAAAGUUCCAAGUGCUUUGGCGCCUGCCUCCCAGGAGCCCUCCCCUGCUGCUUCUGCCCAGGCUGACGGCAAGUUAAUUCAGGACAGCAGAAGAGAAACUAAAAAUGUUGCAUCUGGAAGUGGUGGGGUUGGAGAUAGUGGUCAAGAACCAACAACCGGCAACUGGAGAGGAAUGCUGAAAACUUCAAAAGCUGAAGAGUUACUAGCUGAAGAAAAAUCAAAACCAAUUCCAGUUAUGCCAGCAAGUCCACAGAAGGGCCAUGCUGUCAAUCUGCUGGAUGUGCCAGUUCCUGUUGCAAGAAAACUAUCUGCCCGUGAACAGAGAGAUUGCGAGGUUAUUGAACGACUCAUCAAGUCUUAUUUCCUUAUUGUCAGAAAGAAUAUUCAAGACAGCGUGCCAAAGGCAGUAAUGCAUUUUUUGGUUAAUCAUGUGAAAGAUACUCUUCAGAGUGAGCUAGUAGGACAACUUUAUAAAUCGUCCUUAUUGGAUGAUCUCCUGACUGAAUCUGAGGACAUGGCCCAGCGUAGGAAAGAAGCAGCUGACAUGCUGAAGGCAUUACAAGGAGCCAGUCAAAUUAUUGCUGAAAUCCGAGAGACUCAUCUUUGGUGAAGAGAACUAUAUAACACCGACUGUUGACAUGAAACCUGCUAGUUACUGCCUAUUGAGUAGAAUUUUAUUUAUGAACUACUGGGUACUGCAGUGAUGCAAAUCUCAUGUGAAGACUGGCUGUAAACUGAAGUGUAUUCCGCAAUGCAGAACAAAUCACACAUUUAAUCCAAAUAAUAAAUGGCUGUUUCUAAAGUUUUCCUAUACAUAUACAUGUCUGUCUUGUGACAGUUUCAUUUGAACUUAAGAACUGUUGAUGUUCUAGUUGUACAAAGCCACUUGCCCGUGGAUAAGAUGACCUGUGUAAUUUUUGUUAGUAGUUUUAAAGCUGCUGCCGUAGUCCAUGAGGAAAGCGCCAAGACAUUUCGUGUAACUCUGAUGCAUGCACUGUUUCAAGUCACCCAGCUGUGCAAGACGUGGUUGGCAAGUUCCUCACAUACACACACACACACACACACACACACACACAGUCACUGGAUUCCACUCGCCCUUCGGUUUUCAGCUUUUAAAAUCUCUGCGUCUUUGCUGCAUUGGUAGGAAAGCUGAGUUAAAGAGGAUCUGGAACACUGACAGAGUGUUGGGUACAUACCGUGUAGUUAGUUACAUGGCCCUUCUGUCAUUCUGGAGUCCCUGUUGCACUAGUGUGUUAAAAAUUAAAAUACAAUUUGAUUGUAACUUAAACCUAAAAGCACAAGUCAUGAUUUACUGCAUUUAAAACAAUCAUCUGGGCUUGAUUAUCUUAGUAAGAUUUGGUAAUAACGGCCAGUUCCUUUUAGUUUUAGAAGAUCCACUGAUGACCUAAAUUAAAGAUCUCUAAAAUGGGGCACUAAGAUACUAGGCUCUAAGAUUCAGUUUGAAGGAGAACUUAAAUGUAGUGGUUUGUAAUAACUUUUUCUCCAUACCAGCAGACUGUAUUAGAACAGUGGAAUGAAAAUACCAUUUUGUAUUAUUUAAAGGAAAGAAUUAAGACAUUCACACAGCCUGAAAGUGUGACCAUUAAACUGCAUAGAGGGGUUGGGAGUUAUGUUUACAACUAAUACUUUUUGUAUGUGAACUGCCCAGGUGAUUCUUGGUAAAAAGUACAUUAAAGACUUGACUAGAAAUCCUUAAGACCUCCAUCUCUUAACAGAUAACACAUUAAGUAAAUUAGUAUUAUAAAUAUUAAAUGUUUUUCAGGUUAUGACCAGGUAUUUGUUAAGGGUUAUUGGCAGGGACAAAUAUGAUUAUGUUAAUGUUAGCUUAUGGUACUCAUUUACUAAGAAACAACAGGUUGCAACUCAUCUCAAACACAAAAACCAAAAUCAGCCUGACAUGAUAGAGUACUGCUUGAAUUCAUUAAUAGUACCACCUUGACAGUUAAUGCAGGCUACCAGAAUCUUAGCACAACUGAAAAUCCUUUUGCUAUUAUUAAACAUGUUUUGAAAUUAUAACCAUCCACGAUUUACUUUUUUCUUCAGACCGAUCAGAUGACUGCCACUGUAGCCUUUUGAAUUUGUAAGGAAAAAAAAUUUACAAUGUGCUUUUCCCCAAUACAUCAAACAGAUUUCAAAUUGAGUGUUGGCUUUAAAAACAUACUAUGGCAAUGCACUUGCUAGUACUACACAGUUUGUACAAAGAAAAACAGGCAAGAAACUUAAGGAAAGAGAAAGACUCCUUUGUCAGCUCUAAACUGAGUGAAGUUCUAAAAUGUGGAGAUGAUCUCGGACAUACUUAUAAUGGAUACCUGUAAUGUUCUUCCUGUGUAAAUAAACUUGCUAGUAUGAAACAAAA